CCCGUACAUGGACGCAGCUUCCAUACCCGAUGAGCUUCAAACCAGAACUGUCCAUGGAGAUCCGUCUAGAGCCCCAAGUGUUUGCGCGACCAGGCGAAGCGAGUGGCUUAAGCGAGGGCCGAAUACGGGCCGCACCCUGAUUCAGCUUGCGCCCGCAUCGCUCAGCUCCGUACAAAGACGCCGCUUCCAUCUUCGAUAAUUUCUAAGCCAGAUCUGUCUUUGGAGAUCUGUCUAGAGCCCUAAUUGCUUGCACGAUAGAGCCGAGGAACGAGAGCCCAGAUGGGGCUGAUGGUUGAAGGCGGGCAGAUGAUUGCCCGACCCUUCGUGCUGCACCUACAACUGUGUAUAUAUGUAAGUGUAUCCUGUCGGCAAUGCUUGUGGAUAAGCUUUGCAGCAAAACUCAUACUUGUACACCUUAAAUCGCAUCACACAUACAGACACAUCAAUUCUUUUCCAAGACAUGGCAAUCGAACUUCAAACCACUAUUGCUACGAGCAAGGAGCGAACUUUGGGCCGGCAGAAGGCACAGAAUGAUGCGAGCUCCGACAGUGUUAAGCCGACGGAGGUAUUCAAGAAGUACUUUGGUGGCAUCUGGGUGAAGAUCAUUAACAAAACCCAAUUCCACCUUAGCUAUGUACCCGGCGACCUGGACUACGGGGAGAUGAUCAAUGGCCCGCCCGACGCCGAUGCAUGGAGCACCGGAGGUUUCGGCAUUGGAGGCAAUACAUUCCUCGGUGUGGGUGUGAGACCGAAGGGUGGAAUACAGAUGCGCUUGAAGCUGGAUGAUGGUCACAAUUUUGACUUUACCCUCGGACUCUCAUCGGCACUGGUGGGUAACUACAAUGCGGCUUUGGUCAAAGGCCACGACCGGGGCGCUGCCGUCAGGGCGCUGAACGCAGCUGGUGGUGAUAUCUCAUCUGACAAGUACGAGGGAGUCAUGGGCGAUAUCAAGCAUACGAAGACUCAGUUCACUAUCAAGGUAGUCACCGCGCCCGGCUACGAGAUGAUUUUGGCGAUCUCCCAGGACGAGUGAAGUCUCGGCAUUCCGCAGCGGUGUGUCCUAGUGUGUACAACCACGUCAGAGUUGUGUACGACCUCUGCGUACUGCGAGGAUGUUUGGAGGAUUUUGGUUAACAUGACGCAAGGAUGCCCUAGUAGAUUGCGCAAGAUGUCAGAUGUUGUUCUCAUUACUGUACUGGAAAGACAGUUUCCAGAGCUGCGGAGUUUGGGUGUUUUGGGAGUGCAAGUACAAGUAUAGUAAGGCAUUUACUACUAAUUCGCUUAGGUGCAAGUAGUCCGAUUAAGGGUC